AUGUUGUCCACGCUGCAAAAGUUCGGGCUGCGUCACCACGACCUGCCGACGAUGCUGUGGAAUGCUGAGGUGCUCUUGCGCAUCAUGGCACUUGAUGUCAACAGCAGGGAUAAUAAACGUAUCCCGAUAUUACUCUACUUGACAUCAGCCAUAGUCUUAGUACUAUACUUCUACACAUAUCACAUCUCGACUUACUGGUACAUCUUCUGGCGAGGAGGCGGCGAUAUGCUCUUCGUCAUACUGUUGGUGUCACUGACCAUCAGCAGCUCUAUCGGUGUUGUGAAACUUCUUUACAUGUACUUUAAUGGCCCAAAACUAAAGAAACUCGUAUCAGAGUACCUCGACUGUGACGCAGCAUUGGCCCCCUCCAGUCGUAUGUCCAGGAAUGUGCUCGCAACGCUCAAGACCGUGAAGAAACGGGCCAUCAUCUUCUGGCUGAUCAUCAUCGGUAACGGGGUUGUGUACGUGGGGGUGCCGCUGCUCAAACCUGGGCGGCAUUUGACUGAAGAUGAGCAGAUUCUUCUAGGUCUAGAGCCAAUGUACGAAUCCCCAAACUUCGAGCUGGCAAACAUAGCUUUUUUUGCCGGCGUCUUCCUCACCGUCUACGCUCCAGCCAACAUCACCGGAUUCAUCAUCAUCAUCGUCGGCUACUCCGAAGCACAGAUGCUGGCCCUCAGUCAAGAGUUACUACAUCUUUUGGAUGACGCUCAAACACACUAUAAAGAAGUCCAGCCUGGUUCAAUAGAUGGGCCAAGUUGCUCUAAUAGUGUAUCAAGACAAGUUAACGCCGUCAAAAAGAAGAAAGAAAGAAUCAUCAACAAUUAUGUGACAGAACGUUUAGUGAGCAUUAUGAAAAGUCAUGCAACUAAUAUUAAUCUCAUCAACCAAGUGGAAACUAUCUUUAAAAGCGCUAUAGCUAUAGAAUUCGCUCUGCUAUCCUGUGGUCUUAUAGCUGAGUUGCUAGGAGGGUUAGAGAAUACGUACAUGGAAGUGCCUUUUGCACUGGUGCAAGUGUCUAUGGAUUGUAUAACAGGUCAGAGGCUGAUGGAUGCGAGUAAAGCGUUUGAGGAUGCUGUGUACGCUUGUAAAUGGGAGCACUUUGAUGUGAAGAACAGGAAGUUGGUGCUGCUGAUGCUGCGGAAUUCGCAGAAGACGCUGCAUCUGUCGGCGAGGGGACUGGCGAGUCUUAGUUACACGUCGCUCAUGUCGGUUAUCAAGUCGAUAUACUCGGCGUAUACUGCGCUGAGAUCUACUAUGAAUAAAUAG